GUGGAGCGCAAUCGGAGUUGUAUUAAAAAGUAUCUUAGCGUCCUGAAAAAAAUAUUAAAAAUAAUAAAAGUUGUUAAUCGAGAAAUAAAGAGUAAUUCAAUAUUCAAAAGAGAGAACUAAUUGAAAUCUUAUGAAAAAUCGAUUUCGCCCAUCCCUCCUGUUCUUUGUUUUUUUUUUGUUUGUUUUCGGAUAUCGACAUACAAAAUUAAGUGAAUUUUCGUGUGUUAAUCGCAAAGGUCAAACACGUGAAAAAAUACAGUGGAAAGCAGGGCGCGCUGAAGAGCAGUGAAGCAGCUAAGUGAAACGGUUUAAUUCUGUGUGGUUCAUUAGAUCGGUGAAGUGUGGAGGCAGGAAGUGCUGCUUCUUUCCUUUCAGCAGCGCUAGCACACACAUAUAAACGCACACUUGGAAAUUGAUUUGCUCGUUCUUUCGCCCGCUCGCCCAUGCCCUCACACACGCAGAGAGUUUUCUAGCUGGCUUUUUGUGUUUGUUGUGUUAAUAUUUGGUGUUGUUGUUGUCGUUGUCAUUAUUGUCAUCAUCAGUAGAAGCACUGCAUGCAAAAGUUUUCAUAGAAACGUCUGUCCAAAGGCAAAGGUCGUUAAGUGAUAAUAGCAGCUUACCAGUCACCUACAGUUGCAGGAACUACUGCUGCUAAAUCAAAACAGUAACGACUUCAUAGCGCGAAUAAAAUAACCAGCACUAGAACCAUCAGGUGUGGCGAAGCAAAAGUGGGAGUAGCGAGAAACGGGUUUCAAAUCGUUCGUCAUCACACGCAAAUGUUGGUGUGAGACCGAGUAGCGAAGCAAGGCACAGCGGUAAUUGCGGCCCUUGUGGAAGGGUGGCUGGAAGUGACCCGAGUCGAAGUGGGAAGUGUGCGAUUUCUAAUUGAGCAGCUGUUAAACUAAGUGUUUCAAUUGAAUAAACUAUCUGUUGCCUGCCAAUCCACGCGGCGCUUGCCUUUUUGGUUAUAAUGAGUAUUUUUUCUCCACACAAUUGGAUACUGCAGCCAGCUCAAUGCCAAGAUGGAUCGUCGUUUCUAAAGCGUGCCAGCACCGAUAAACUCCGCGAAGUCUUCCUUAGAUACGCCUCGUUACAAAAGGAUGGCGACUACUACAUGACCAGUGAGGAUUUCGUGCGCAAAUUUCUUGGACUCUUCACAGAUGCUACAUUCAAUGAUGAAUCUGUGCGUUUGUUAGCCAACAUUGCGGACACCAGCAAAGAUGGGUUGAUCUCAUUUGCCGAAUUCCAAGCCUUUGAGGGACUGCUCUGCACGCCAGAUGCGCUCUACAAAACUGCUUUUCAGCUGUUCGACCGCAAAGGCAAUGGCACAGUGCAUUACGCCGAUUUCGUCGAUAUCGUACAAAAAACCGAAUUGCAUUCUAAAAUACCUUUUAAUUUAGAUAGUUCCUUUAUCAAGCGGUAUUUUGGUGAGAAAAAAAACCGCACCAUAAACUAUGCGGAAUUCACACAGCUGCUCCAUGAUUUUCAUGAGGAGUACGCAAUGGAGGCAUUCCGUAGUAGAGAUCCAGCUGGUUCUGGAUACAUCUCACCUCUAGAUUUUCAGGAUAUUAUUGUUAAAGUUAAAAGGCAUUUACUCACACCUGUUGUCAAGGAUAAUCUGGUAGCGGUCACCGAAGGUCACAAAGUGAGCUUCCCUUAUUUCAUCGCAUUUACUUCGCUACUCAACAAUAUGGAAUUGAUUAAACGUAUCUAUUUGCACGCUGCCCAAGGUAAUCGCAACGAACCUGUGACAAAGGACGAACUACUUUACGCCGCACAAACAAUGAGCCAAAUAACGCCACUAGAAAUUGAUAUUCUCUUUCAAUUAACCGGCGCGCUUCAUCAAACUGGGCGCAUCGUCUACAAUGACUUGAAUAAUAUUUCGCCCGAGCACUACACAAAGCAUAUCACCACACGUUUGGCGGAAAUCAAGGCCGUCGAGAGUCCUGCCGAUCGUUCUGCGCUCAUUCAGAUUUUGGAGAGCACCUACCGUUUCACGCUCGGUUCACUGGCAGGCGCUGUUGGCGCCACUGUGGUAUACCCCAUUGAUUUGGUGAAGACACGCAUGCAAAAUCAACGCACAGGCUCCUUUAUUGGAGAAAUCGCUUACAGAAACUCAUGGGAUUGUUUCAAGAAAGUCAUACGCCACGAGGGUGUGCUUGGCUUGUACCGCGGCUUGCUGCCCCAGCUGAUGGGCGUUGCUCCCGAGAAAGCCAUCAAACUUACUGUGAACGAUUUCGUGCGCGACAAAUUCACCGAUAAACAGGGUGUGAUACCCAUGUGGGCCGAAGUUAUGUCUGGUGCUUGUGCCGGCGCCUCACAAGUGGUCUUCACCAAUCCUUUGGAAAUCGUCAAAAUUCGACUACAGGUUGCCGGCGAAAUCGCGGGCGGAGCUAAAGUACGUGCCUUAUCUGUCGUGCGUGAUCUGGGUCUAUUUGGCUUAUACAAAGGUGCACGUGCCUGCCUAUUACGUGACGUACCCUUCUCUGCCAUCUACUUCCCCACAUAUGCGCACACAAAAUCCCUGUUCGCCGAUGAAGACGGUUAUAACCAUCCGCUGACCUUACUGGCGGCUGGUGCCAUCGCUGGUGUGCCCGCUGCAUCACUCGUAACGCCCGCUGAUGUGAUCAAAACUCGCCUCCAGGUAGUAGCACGUUCAGGGCAGACGACAUACACGGGGGUAUGGGAUGCCACAAAGAAGAUCAUGGCCGAAGAAGGGCCACGCGCCUUCUGGAAAGGAACUGCCGCUCGUGUCUUCCGUUCUUCACCGCAAUUCGGUGUAACCUUGGUUACUUAUGAAUUGCUGCAGCGUCUCUUCUAUGUGGACUUCGGUGGAUCACAUCCAACCGGGUCAGUCGUGCACAAGCCAAGCGCCAUUAGUGAGACUACACAAAGAUUUAAUGCUGAUCAUAUUGGUGGUUAUCGCGCCGCUGUACCGCUGCUCAAUGGCAUCGAAUCCAAGUUCGGCCUCUAUUUGCCACGUUUCGGGCGCGGAGCAGCGACCACCAGCACUGCAACAGGAUCGUGAUGAUUCGGUGUCGUAGGCAGUGGUGGCGACCGGGUGUUGACAAAUAGUUGCUCUUAAAUAAGUCUAAUGUUAAAUAAUUUUAAAGUACAUAACAUAAAAAAUGUUGUAGCAAUGAUAAAGAAAUUUAACACACAAAUAACUAAAUCAUGCAAAACGAAGAAACUGAGCAAAUAAUAAAGAGGACACAUACACAAAUAUGAA